GCGAGAUCAAUUUACACCAUGAAGACCGAGCCGUACAACCGUCGGCGAGGAGAUUCCAAAGCGAUUUAUGUUUGGCUCCUCAUCCUUAGCAAUUUGCUCGUUUUUCAAUUGGGGCGACUAUUUGACGCCAACUCCACAAUCCUUUCCACACCCUCGUUCACGAAUCCCCAACUCGACAUUCCUUUUCCACCAACGCUGCACGAUGUGGAAAGCAGGAUUGCUUACGCCGCCGCUCACCCCUUGUCCGUUCCCCAAGGCAGCGUGCCGAACUUGCCUUCGAUCCGCGAAGCCAAUGCCAAGGUCGACCAGGAACGCAAAAUAUACGGCGGCGCCGGCGACAAACUCCAUUUAGGCGGUUUUACCGCGAUUGAUGCGGAGGGUAUUUCUCCCGGCGUGUGGACGUACAUGCUGGAGAAGUUGGGUGUCCGUUCCGUGCUCGACGUGGGUUGCGGGCGAGGAAUCAGCUCACGCUGGUUCCUCGAGCACGGCGCGGACGUGCUGUGCGUGGAAGGAUCGCACGACGCCGUCACGCAAAGCUACCUGCCCUCGUCGAAUAUUGUGGAGCACGACUACGCGAGAGGAGCGUGGUGGCCCAACCGUACCUUUGACGCUGCUUGGUCGGUGGAAUUUCUCGAACACGUGUCUCUCCAGUAUCACCCGAACUACAUUGCGACCUUUCGCAAAGCAGCCAUACUGUUUGUUACGAGCUCCCGUUGGGGUGGUUGGCAUCACGUGGAAGUGCACCAAGACGACUGGUGGAUUCGCAAGUACGAAAGUUACGGUUUUCGGUACGACGAUGCCUUGACGAAAGCGGUGAAAGCGACCGUGGCGGAGGAACGUCAACGUCUCGAGUUUUUCGCACCCGCCAACAAAACACUGGGUGCUGCUCACGUUGGACAGUCGGUCAAGGUCUUUAUUAAUCCCGCCGUUGCGGCCUUGCCGGCUCAUUUGCAUCUCUUUUUUGAACACGGCUGCUUUCGAGAUUACAACAAAGGUGUAAUUACCAACCGUAAAUGCGGCGAAGGAAGGCAAGGUUGGAAAGAAACCGUUCUGCCGCCGGAGUUUUAUCCUCUCAAAGUGAACCCGCAAGAUGGUCUUAACUGGCAAGCGGCUCUAAUGGCCGGUGUUGGAAACCCUGGGGAGAACAAGUAG